AAAGGGAUCUCAGAAGCAUGUCAGCAUAUUUAGGGGGAGGCAUGAAAUCUGAGACUUCUGUUCUCUAAUCAACCAAAUUUUUCGAAAAAAUGUGAUCUCUCUCGAUCUUUUUUUGUUUGUUUAGAAACCCUAAUUUGUUUGCUAAAUUGAUUAGGGUUUUGUUUUUACGCGCAUAUAUUUGUUCCAACAGUGGUGUGGUGAGAGGUUCAUGCAAACAAUACAACACCGUUUCCAGGAAUUUGUAAAAAAAUCAGUGUUUAAUUUUGGGGAUGAUUGUUAGAGAUGACUCGAGACGUGUUAGUGGUGCAGCCGGAGACCGAAACGACGUCGGGAGAUGGUGGCGUUGGUAUGCUGGUGAAGAAGAAGGGGACAGCGAGUGCCAGGAGUUGGAUAUCGAUCGAUUCUGACGUGAAUGAAACGAUUAUGGAUAUCGAUAAGUACGCAAUCAUGCACAGAGUUCAGAUUCAUGCUCGUGAUCUUCGGAUUCUUGAUCCUCUUCUAUCUUAUCCUUCAACAAUUUUAGGCCGUGAAAGGGCAAUCGUUCUCAACUUGGAACAUAUCAAGGCUAUUAUCACUGCUGAAGAGGUGUUGCUUCGAGAUCCUUCAGAUGAUAAUGUAAUACCAGUUGUUGAGGAACUAAGAAGGAGAUUACCUGUCCUAAAUGCCCAUCAUGGAGAACUGAAUGGACAGCAUGAUGUUGAAACUGGUGAAGAAGAUGAAUCUCCAUUUGAAUUCAGAGCACUAGAGGUUUUUCUAGAGGCCAUUUGCAGCUUUCAUGCUGCUCGUACUACAGAGUUAGAAACUGAUGCUUAUCCAGCCUUAGAUGAGCUUACAUCAAAGAUUAGUAGCCGUAACUUGGAUCGUGUUCGUAAACUAAAAAGUGCAAUGACAAGGUUGACUGCUCGUGUUCAAAAGGUGAGAGAUGAACUUGAGCGACUUUUGGACGAUGAUGAUGACAUGGCGGAUCUGUACUUAUCGAGGAAAUUAUCCUCCGCAUCACCAGUGAGUGAUUCAGGUGGAGGUGCAGCUGGUUGGUUUCAUGGAUCGCCAACCAUUGGUUCAAAGAUAUCUAGGGCUAGCAGGGCGAGUGUGAUGACUGUUCAUGGAGAUGAAAAUGAUGUUGAGGAGCUCGAGAUGCUUCUAGAGGCAUACUUUAUGCAGAUUGAUGGAACUUUGAACAAGUUAAUGAGUUUGCGUGAAUAUAUUGAUGAUACGGAAGAUUACAUCAACAUUCAGCUUGAUAAUCAUAGAAAUCAGCUAAUUCAGUUGGAGCUGUUUUUAAGUUCAGGAACUUUAUGUAUGUCAAUCUAUGCAUUGGUGACUGGAAUAUUUGGCAUGAAUAUACCUUACACAUGGAAUGAUGAUCAUGGCUACAUGUUCAAAUGGGUGGUGAUUCUUUCGGGUGUAUUCUCUGCGGUUCUUUUUCUAUUGAUUGUUUCGUAUGCUCGUUUAAAAGGGCUCGUUGGAUCUUGAAAAUUUGAGGAAAUCGAGGUUGGCCGUCUUAUGGAUAUGGAUACUGAUUUCUAACUCAUGCACAUGUUUUUUUUUUUUUUUUUCUUUUUUUUUUCUUUUUUUGGGUAUGGAAGUACUAAUACUUGGGUACAGAUUCGGGUUGAUAGUCUUUUGAUUUUUAUUUUUGUUCUCCUUUUUUUCAAGAAGAAUAAAGGAGAAACAUUACAAACUUUUGAGGUUGAAUAUAAUGCUUAUUGUAACUGGGGAUGGUAUAAUUGUUGAAAUAAAAUAUCAUUAGUGAA